AUGAAAAGGAAGACCGAAGAGAUGAAAGCGAAGAUAUACUCAUUGAGGACCCAAAAGAUGGAGCUUGACAGGAGGGUUGUGGAGAUGCAGUCCACGAUUGGUUCCAUAAAGGAUGAACAAAAGAUUAUGGAGUCUGUACUCGAGGAGAAGCAAAGUGAGAUCAAAAUGCUAGGAGAGAUGAACAAAGAUGCAGAGAAAGAAACUCUUCAAAUGGUAGCUCUUAGAGAAAGUCUGAAACAAAAGGAAGUUGAAAUCGAGGAUCUGAAGCACCGUCUUCAUGAAUGCCCCCAAAAGAUAAGGUCAGUGAGCACAGAUGACCCAUCAAGCCCACCCUUAAACUUGACUGUGACCUCGAGUACGGUAAACAAGGAUAAGGUGGAGGUAGGGAAGAGUAAUGAAGAGGUUGUUCAAUUGCAUGAAUCUGUAUAUGGAAGUAAUGGUUUGAAUUCAACAAGGGACAAUGGAGGUAACACUACAUCCACCAAUACAGAAGAAGGUGCUGAUGCUGCCAGAUUUGAAAAUGCAAGUGAAAGUAGGGUAGGCAUUACUGACAGGAAAGAAGUGUUCGGAGAGGAGCAGUCGCAGACACUUGAAGGUUCCAGAAACGGAAGUACCGUUGGAAUCGAUAAUGACCAAGGGUACAGAAUUGAAAGUUCUCAAGAGAAGGGUGCUUCUGGUGCAGGCGAGGAAAACAAUGAUUCAAAUGCUACUGAGACAAUUGUCACUAGAGCUGGAAGAUUAUCAAAAACUGCAGAUGAAGAUAUUGAUGAGAAAUCGAUGGAUAGUGAAGAAGAAGUUACCCAUGACAGGCAACUGGGGCUUGAAAAUGUUCAGGCGGCAGAAGAUCGACAAGGAACUUUUAGGGGUGGUGCUAAGUUGGAAAUGGCGGACAGAUCCAGAAGCAAGGGGAAAGAGAAAUACCAACAUGCUAGCACAGUAAGAGGAAAGAGAGGGACAACGGUUGCCACAAAUAGGCUGCUGGAGAACAGUCAUGAAAACAAUGGGGUUGAGAAGUUGAGAAAUAGAAAGUUUUCUAGUGACAAUCAAGGUAUUAUAUUGAUAAACAGAGAAGAGGGAAGUGGGUCUAAUGUGGAUUCUUCUGAUGCUACAUCAAUGGAGCAUCAAAACCCUGAAGACUCUAAAGAUCUGGAAAACGAACUUGGGAAAGAUCGUACAAAUCACCAGACGAGUGAAGUCCAUGGGACAUCGAAAAGGCUCCGGAUAGCUCAUGACAGCAAAGUGCUGACAAAUGGAAGACUUGAUGGCCAGCUCAGUAACAUCAGAAGCAAUGACAGGAAACAGAGCCUCGAUGAAGGCCAACAACAUGAAGAUCAACAAGAAGACCGUAGCACGCAAGAAAGCAGAAACAGCAGCAACAUGAGCAACAAAGGAAACAGCGAUGAACAAGCAAAACUUAUCACCAAAAACGAAAGGGAAGAAGAAAUGGAGGAUUCAAAUACAGAACAUGAAACAGAUGCAGGUGCUGGAGAUUUUUACAAGGACUCGGUUUCUGAUUUAGAAGAAGAUAAAGAAGAGUACAGAGAGGAAACAGACGAGUCUGAGUUCUAG